AUGCGCAGCAAGACCGAUGAUGAUUCCGUAUGGCAAAGCAUGAAGAAGUACAAGCGCGUCGGAGUCGUGGCAAUGAGUGCUGCCUUUGCUGCUUCGCUCGAUGGAUACCAGAUUACCCUGAAUGGUGGCAUCGUUUCAAACAAGGGCUUCAUCCGACAGUUCGCGACACCUGGAACGAAAAUCAUCGCUGGCAAGUAUAUCUCAGCUUGGGGAGGUAUCCAGUCUGCUGGCCAAGCGCUUGGCCAAAUCGGGUUGCAAUUCGUUGCAGACGCUUUCGGACGGAAGGUUGCGCUCCUGACAUUGUGGGUCUUCUUGGUCGCGAGCAUCUUUGCAGAGACGUUCGCGACUCGAUGGGAGCACUGGCUUGUCGCAAAGCUAUUUUCCGGCAUGGGGGUGGGCAUGCUUCAAAGUACCGUUCCAGUCUAUCUCUCCGAAGUUGCUCCUACGCAAUUGCGAGGUUUCUUCAUCAAUGCUUAUACUUUCUGGUUUGUCGUUGGGCAGCUCUUCGGAUCCGUAGCUCUGAAAAGCCUCAGAGACUCAGAUCCGUACGACUUUCGAACGGCGAUCUAUACUCAGUGGGCCAUGGUUGGAACCAUGGGUACAAUCUUCUUUCUGUUGCCAGAGACUCCGUGGUGGUUAGUCCAAAAGGGCCGAUCAUCCGACGCGGCCAAGAUACUGCGCAAGUACAAUGGCCACAUCGAUGGGUACCGCGUUCAAGAGAGCAUUGAUAUCAUGAACAACACCAUCGAAGAGGAGAGACAUCUUGCGAAGAGAGACUCUCAAGAAGGCUUCUUCUCAGUUUUCCAAGGCCAGAACCUCAUUCGCUUUGUCAUCGCAGCCUGGCCUAAAAUCACCCAGCAAUUGGUCGGACUUACGGUGUUCAACACCUACGCGACGUACUUCUUCCAGUACGCCGGCAACAAAGACCCUUUCUUGGUCACUGUCAUACUGUCUUGCUGUCAAAUUCUUUCGAUGAUGGUAACAUGCAGCUUGACAGAUACCAUCGGACGACGACCACUGACAAUCUACCCGUACGGCGUUACGGUGUUAUCGGUCCUUUCCAUCGGGAUCAUCGGAUGCUUCGAUUACAAAGCGCAGGCCACAGGCUCGCUCUUGGUGUUCUUUGGAUGUAUGGCGACCUUUGCCACCACAGGUGCUUCCGCCAUCGGAUAUGCAUACGCCGCGGAGGUACCCCAGCAACGUCUCCGCGCAAGAACGGCCGCGUUUGGUUUGGCUGCUUCAAAUUGCAUCGCUAUCAUGUUCAAUUUCUGCACACCACUGAUGAUCAAUGGAACCAAUAAAUGGGGCGUCAAGACCGGAUUCUUCUUUGCCGGAACAGGCGCGCUCGCUGUGGCGAUAUCAUGGUAUAUCCUGCCAGAGUUGGCUCGUCGCACACCAGCCGAGAUCGAUGAGAUGUUUGAGAAGAAGGUCACCCUUCGAAAGUUCAAGAGAUAUGUCACCGAUGUUCAGAUGAAUGUGGAGGAGCCGUCCAAGUUGGAGGGAACAUGA